UCCGCCCAAGGGGGCUCCAGGCUCGGGCUCAGCGCUCUGUUGCAGCCGCGGUGGGGCGAGGGCGAGGCCGAGUCCGAAGAGGACGGAGCUCCCUCUGGGGCCCUGAGCUCCGCGCCCUGCCCUCUUCUGGGUCGCGCGGAGCUGUGAUGAGCCCUCCCAAGGCCUGGGGCCUCCCCGCUCAGCCCAGCCUUUGCUCGCUGGGGCCUGGAUGCAGGAGGGGCCUUCGGCUUUCAGGGGAGGGAGUCCCGCGGGUGACAGGGCCGCUUCCUCGCCGUUCCUCGGGGCUCCCGAGCUGCGGGCUCGGCGGGGCUCGCAGGGUCCCCGGAGGCGUGGAGGGGAGGCUCCCGCAGACGUGGGUCCUCUCCCCGUCCUGGGCUUUCGCGCAGCCUCCUCGUGCGGCCUCUGCAGGCGGGAACUCCGGCUCGGCCGCGUUGGGGGCUUUGAGAGCCGUUCGGGUCCCUCUGUGGGGGCGGGGGCGGGGGCCGGGGCCGGGGCCGGGGCCGGGCCGGCUCCACUCCCAGCGGCGCAGCAGGCGUGGCUGGAGGCGAGAACGCGCCCCCGUGAGCCUCUCCCCACCCCAGGGGCUGCCGAGGACCGAGCGGAGGACCGAGCGGCCAGAGCGAUCCAGGGCGCCUUCCGGCAGCUCCGGGCCAGGAGGGAGCUCGCCCGCCGCCGGGAGGAGCGCCGGGAGUACCUGGAGCAGAUGGAGAAGCUGCAGAGGGAGGCCUACCUGGCCCUGGUGCGCCGGGAGCAGGAGGCCGCGCGGCGGCAGCGCGAGCAGGAGGAGGCGGCGCAGCGGGAGCGGCGGGAGGAGCUGCAGCGUCGCCGCCGCCUGCUGGACGCCGCCUUCGACGGGGACGUGGGCGAGAUCCGAGCGGUGCUGAAGGAGGUGGAGCAGCUGCUGACCCGCGAGGGCGUGGGCCAUGACGAGGCAGGCAAGGCGCGGCGGCUGCAGCGACGCGUGGCUCUGGUGGAGUGCGAGGACAGCCACGGGAACACGCCGCUGUCUGAGGCGGCCGCGGGCGGGCAGCCCCUGGCCAUCCAGCUGCUGGCCGAGCUCGGCGCCAGCCCCAACAGCAAGGGCGCUUUCGGUCGGACGCCACUGUACCGCCCAGCGUUCGGGGGCCACCUGGCAGCUGUGGAGGUGCUUCUGAAGCUCGGAGCAGACCCCCGGGUAUACGCAGAGGACGGGAACACCCCUGAGCAGGUGGCCUCGCUGGACGCCGCGGCAAGCGUGCUGCACUCGUGGGACCUGAGCCUCACGGAGGCCAUGCUCCGGAACAUGGAGGCAGAGCAGCAGCGCCGGGCCCAGGAGGCCCAGAGGCACAAGGAGGCUGAGGCCAAGCGUUGUGGCAGGCAGGAGGGAUGUGGGAGGUGCUGGUGA